CACCCCAGCCUUACUUGGACGCGACACUGCCUGGAGCAAGGUCGCUCUUUCCAUUCACAAACAGCGCGAGUUCUAGCAGUUUCACGUGCGCCCAUUCGAGCCUUCCAUCCUCGAGCCUGCGUAUCGGGUCGCAUUUUCUCUGCAUCCAUCAAUCCUCUCGACUUUUCACGAACCCCGCGAAAACACCCUCCCGCCGCCCUGUGGACUCAACCUUCCCAACCAGACCUCAGGUACACCUAAUUCGAACCUGCGCUGCUUACACUGGAAAAAUCCCAUUCCUUCACGUUUGAAUUUCUCGACAUGUCGGAGCAAGUCGAUCUCACCACCAUCCCCAUCUCCCCCGAUGGCGGGAACAACCCGAAUGGAGCCACGAACGAGGCCGCCGAGGAUAACAGCAAGACCAUCACCGUCUUUCACGACAAGGACAACUUCAACGUGAAGCACCCGCUCUCAAAUCGAUGGACGCUUUGGUUCACUAAGCCUGCUAGUGGAAAGGGUGACAACUGGAACGAUCUGCUGAAGGAGGUCAUCACCUUUGAGUCGGUUGAGGAAUUUUGGGGCGUCUACAACAACAUCGCCCCUGUCUCAGAACUCGCCCUCAAGUCAGAUUACCACCUGUUCAAGGAAGGUGUCAGGCCAGAGUGGGAAGACCCUCAGAACAAGCAUGGCGGCAAGUGGUCGUAUCAGUUCAAGGAGAAGCGGAACAUCAACAUUGAUGAACUCUGGCUGCACACGAUGCUUGCUGCCAUCGGCGAGACGCUAGAGGAUGAGGAGGACGGGGAGGUGAUGGGCGUCGUCGUCAACGUCCGCAAGGCCUUCUACCGCAUCGGUGUCUGGACACGCACCACGGGCCGGCACAUCCCCGGCCGUGGAGAUGGGGACAUCGCUGGCGGGAAGGGCCGGUCUGCUGAGAAGGGCAAGGAGAUUUUGAUGAACAUUGGUCGCCGGUUCAAGAACGUUCUCAAGUUGCCGCCCAACGAGAUGCUUGAGUUCUCGGGCCACACCGACAGCGCCCAUAGCGGUAGCACCCGCGCAAAGGCGAAGAUGGUGGUCUAAGCGUUUUUCAGACUCCGUCUCUCCAGCAAUCGACCUCUGCAGGUCAGCUUUCCCAAGUUGGGGACCCUGGCAACGCACCCAGUCUUUGUCUCAAUGGCAUAAGGGGGGUUAUGGCACCACCAGGCUUGCUCCAAUACGGUAGUCAUCAGACAGACAUGUCGUGGCAAAACUCGCCCUAACCUCGAUCAUCCGAGGCAUCACAGGCUGGGCUAGGAGUUUUCCAGGUUGCGCAUGCUUAAUGACGGUCGAUUAUUCGCAUCUUAGGAAUGACAAUUCAACUGCGAUGAGCAAAACAUAUUCUGUAGCCACCCUUCAAUGCAAGCAAGGUAGAUAGCCUUGACAACAGAAACCUUUUCCCGCUUUGGUCUGACUUGACAAAGGUAA